CCUGAUUUUUUACUAACUUUUCUAUUUUAGGAAUUUAUUAAAUAAAAUUAUAUUUAUCUUCCCCUUUGUAUUUAUUGCUUGAUGCGAUUCAAACUGAAUAGCAAUGCUUUGGAGUUAUGAUGCAUCAAACUAGUAGAGGGAGGCCACGAGACAUCAUCUAAGCAAUGAUAUAUAGGACUGGAGAGAAAUUUAUUGGGAUCGACUUGAGUGGCAUGCACUGUGCCAUAUUGCUCAUUGACAAGAGGGUCGUCUCUUCCGUCAUAUUUAGGGUAGUAGGCAAAGACUUGGCGGAGGUUCCUUUGGCUGCAACAAGUGCGCAAGCUGAGGGACAGGGAUAUUUUCAGGCACUUUUUUGUUGUUUGAAGAGGCUAUUAGGGUCCCUUGCAGUGAAGAAUGUGGUUGUUUCUGCCUUGAAAGAAGCUGAGCCGAUGUGGAUUAAAAAGUUUGGCUUCAAAAAGUUGACUCCUGGAGAGGACAACAACAAAUGCCUUUUAAGGUGUAAGUGUGACGAAAGAAGUAGCUCCGCCAGAAUUUCAACUCAACCUGGGAAUUCAAUCUUCCUUGGGACAUUCAGCAUACCCCAGGACUCUAUUCUGCCCUGGGACUCCAAACCUCCCCGGGACCCCAACCCAUUUCGGGGCACUACUCUACCCCAGGACCCCAAUCCGACCCAGUGCUCUAAUCCAACCCAGGGCAUCACACCGCUCCGGAAACCAAACUACCCCGGGAACCCAAACAACUCCGGUAUCUCAACCCUUCUUCCCCGGGAACCCCUCUCAGAUCUUAAUCAACGUCCACAAAGAGCCUGCAAACCAAAUCCCAAAUACUUUGGGCAUGAAUUUCAGGCUCAUCUCACCACAGCCCACCCCAUCACCCCCAUACUUGAGCCAAGAAACAUUGCCCAAGCUCACAAAGGCACCCGCUUGCGUGAAGCUAGGGAUGCGAUAUACCACCAGGCACGUAUGAAAAAUGGCAAGUGAUUAGCCAUGAGAAAAGAGCUUGAAUUGUGCAUGAGUAUCUUCAAGUCCGCUAAUCGAUCGCAGGAGAAGAACCCUGGAUACGCUCUAGUGAUUUUUGAAUUUCUGCUUAAAUUAAGACAAUCCUAUUCC